CAAGCGGGAGAGGAAGCUUUUGUGAAGGUUAAACACCAAAACAAAACAAAAAGAAAAAAAACAACAAAAACCAAAAGAAGGAAAAAAAAAAAAAGGGCAGUUGAAGAUUAACGAUCUUCAAUGGCUGCUCCUUUCCCUCGAGCACUUCUUUUCCUUAUACUAGUCCUUGCCCCCGGCUAUUCGCAUGCCGGCUUCUUCAGCGUUGAAAUCGAAGGGUUCAACCCUGAGAAGCUCAUCUCCGAUGCGAAAAAGUUCUUUGAUGCAAACGAUGGAGGCUUGAAAGGUGAAGCCGGGAAAUACGCGGAUGAUGUCGACUCGCUGUCUGGAGAAGAAGCUGGGUUUGUUGAUGUCGAUCCUGCAAAUCUACCGAAGGACAAGGAUGAGUUUGACACAAAGUAUGCCGGCAAAUGGGAGUUGGUUUCUCAAAAUUCAGGUGUCUCGGCGAUGCACAUGCAGCUGAUGCCCAAUAACAAGGCCCUGAUCUUCGACUCCACGGUGUUCGGGCCGUCGCUUAUCAACUUCCCUAAGGGUGAUGUCUGUCCUCUGGACCCUACAAAAAAACCAGAUUGCACGGCACACGCUGUGAUUUAUGAUACUGAAAAUGCAGCUUUGAGGCCACUCCAUAUCGUCACGAACCCGUGGUGCUCUUCUGGUAACUUAGCAGCUGACGGCUCAGUGUUGAGCACUGGAGGUUUUGAGGAUGGAGCCAAAUCCAUCAGAACAUUAGGCCCAUGCGACACUUGCGAUUGGCAGGACACGCCUAAUGUACUUGGCGAUCCUAGAUGGUAUGCAACUCAGGUAACGUUGGAGGAUGGAAGCUUCAUCGUGGUAGGCGGCAGGAAAGCCUACAGUUACGAGUUAGUUCCUCCCACCGGGAAACCGAACGGCCAGGCAAUCUACUUCCCAUUCAUCGAUGAGACCACGGACCUUGACGAGAACAACCUAUAUCCCUUUGUCCACCUCCUCCCUGAUGGGAACCUCUUCGUCUUUGCCAACAGCCGUUCAAUCCUCUUCGACCCUAAGGGCAACAAGGUGAUCAAGGAAUUCCCCAGGCUGUUGGGCGGGUCCCGCAACUACCCUGCCUCGGGCAUGUCCGCCCUCCUUCCCCUUAGAUUGGAUGAUAAGACGAACAGCAAAGAUGUCCAGGCUCAGGUGAUCAUUUGCGGUGGCGCAAGGCCCAAGGCUUUCCGGCUGGCAGAGAAGAACAAAACCUAUGUGCCGGCCUUACAGGAUUGCGGGCGGCUUGUGGUCUCCGACCCCAACCCUGCCUGGAUGAGAGAGAACAUGCCAUCCCGAAGAGUGAUGGGGGACAUGUUGAUCCUGCCAACCGGAGAUCUCCUCAUGCUUAACGGGGCCAAGAAAGGUGCUUCUGCAUGGGGCAAUGCUAAGGAACCAAACUACAAGCCUGUCUUAUUCAGGCCCAACAAGGUCGGUAAGGACCGAUUCAAGGAGCUAAAGGCGGCCACGAUCCCGAGGAUGUACCACUCCACCUCCAUUGUCCUCCCUGACGGCAAGAUCCUAGUUGGAGGCAGCAACACAAACUCAAGGUACUUCUUCAAGGGUGUUGAGUUCCCGACCGAGAUGCGGAUGGAGAAGUUCUCUCCACCCUACCUCGCUCCAGCGCUCCAGAAGUACCGCCCCCAAAUCCUGGUUGAUGUGUCUGACAACACGAUGACCUACGGUAAUGACUUCCACAUCAGGUUCUUGGUUGGGUAUAUCCGCAAGGAGGUCAGGAUGCAGGACAUCAAGGUCACCAUGUACGCACCGCCCUUCACCACCCAUGGGUACUCCAUGAACCAGAGGCUCAUCCAGCUAGGCAUCCCCGAGCUCAGUGUAGAGGGUGGAGUCCACCAUGCCCUUACCAGGGCACCACCCUCCGGCAGGAUCGCUCCCCCUGGGUACUACCUCGUGUUCGUGGUGUACCGCGGUGUCCCGAGCAUCGGAACCUGGGUUCGCAUCCAGUAAUACAAUUCAUCUCCGAGAAGUUCUGGAGCUUACCCACAUUGGGGGAGGGAUGGAGACUUCUGAUGUCUCAUCCAACCGAUUAGGGUAGUCAAAACAAUUGAUUCUUUGGUGGGAGGGGGGAGGAUGUCAUUCUCUCUAUAAUUUUAUUGAGAUCCAAAUUCCUUGUAUACUCGCACUUUUGCUUUUAAUGAACACAACAAAAAUUUUGCGUUUUUAAUUUUCUUUUUUUAUUCAAUUAGGGCAGAAGUCAGAAUGUAUUAGGUUUGGUUCAAUGUAAUGGAAUUAACCAUGAUGGAAUGAGUAGGCAAUGGAAUUAGUAUGUAAUAGAAUUAUGUUUACAUAUAAGCUUAAUUGUUUGGUUGAA